AGAAGCAGGAAGAGAUCACUUUCACACAUUACACAGCUACAUUUUAAAAGUGAGAUGAGAUUUAAAAAAUAGCAAGAGAGAAUAGCAUCGAUGUCUAGCUGAAAAUCUGCUUUAUGUAAUUUGUGAGGUCUUCUGUUUAUAACUAUGAUGAGUCCUGAUUCAGACAACUUCUCUUCCACCUGCAACUUGUAUGAUCAUCGCCCAGUGGCCCGGGUUCUCAUACCGCUGGCCUAUUCUAUCAUAUGUCCAGUGGGACUCUUAGGAAAUGCUCUGGCUCUCCAUGUGGUGAUCUCCAGCACCACCAAAAUUAAUUCAAUCACACUUUAUUCCGCCAACCUGGCUGUGUCUGAUAUCUUAUUCUGCCUGUCGCUUCCUCUACGAGCUGUUUACUAUGGAUUGGGCUUUCACUGGCCAAUGGGAGAAGUACUGUGUAAAGCCAUAGCACUGCUCUUCUAUUUAAACUGCUACGCUGGUGUGAACUUCAUGACAUGUCUGGCUGUGGACCGUUUUGUGGCUCUAGUGUUUCCUGCGAGACUGGCAAAACUGAGAAAGGCAAAAAAUGUGCGGUUUGUGUGUCUGGCAAUAUGGCUGCUGGUGCUGGCCCAGACGCUGCCCCUGCUAACAAUCGACCUGACCAAAACUGAGCCUGACAGCAGCAUCACCUGUAUGGAAUACCCCAAUUUUGAGGGUGUUUUCAAAGGGCUGCCCUACAUGCUGAUCGUGGCAGUAGUUUUAGGUUUUGGCAUCCCAGUUUUGACAAUCAUUGCUUGUUAUUCCAUCCUGACUCACAAACUACGUCAAGCGGCAAAGUCGAACCAACUGACGGAACGUUCCGGAAAGACCAAAAAAGCCAGAGGAGUGAUCGCAGGCGUGGUUUUUGUGUUUGUGGUUUGUUUCAGCCCAUAUCACAUAGACAUCUUGCAAUACAUGAUUCGGAAGCUUCUCUAUGAAACGGACUGCAAGGAACUGCAGUCGUUUCAGAUCUCUCUACAUAUCACGGUGUGCCUUAUGAACUUGAAUUCCUGCUUGGAUCCCUUUGUUUACUUCUUUGCAUGUAAAGGCUACAAGCAGAAGGUGAUGAGGAUGAUGAAGUGGCAGGUUGGCACCCACUUCUCCAGCGUGAAGAACUCUGCUGAAAGUUCAGGCACAGGUGAUGUGCUCGGCACACGCCGCAACAACAGGAUAAUAAUGAACAAUGUUGAAGAAGAUCAGCAAAUUUGUUAUCAACCAAACGCAACAUAAGCCUCAUUUUAUGUAAACUUUACAUCAGUUGGACACAAGCACUCAGUAAGAUGCACAAACUAUUCAACAAACAAACAAGCCAAUGUUUUUUUGACUUACAAGCCCACUGAAAGCAAGUAAUUUAAAAGGAUGUGGAAGGCAAUUAAGAUUGUGAUCGUAAUUCAUGUUUUAGUACACCACAAUGUAUAAACAUUUUGUUUUGGUGUGCUUUCUCACAACACAUCCCAUAAAGAUCAUGUUUUAGGCUGAAGUGGCCAAAAGUGGACGAAAGAGCUUCAAAUUUAGAUUAAAAAAAAAAAAAGUCCCAGACAAUUUGACCUUCCUUGAUUUAAACAACACACACUUCAUCUAACAAUUGUUGAGCACAAAAAGAGGAAAAAGAUCAAAUACAUGAACUAAAUGUUGACUAUUUUAAAA